AUGUAUGGAAUGUUGUAUGAGAGUGUCCAGCACUAUGUGCAGAAAGAAUACGGCAAAGAAGUUUGGUCAAAAGUUUGCCACAUUGUGGACUGCAAGCACAACAGCUUUAAGACCCAUCAGAUAUAUCCGGAUAAGCUGAUGCCAGAUUUCGCAGCAGCUCUAUCCGCAGUAACGGGCCAGUCCUUUGACUUUUGCAUGAACUUCUUUGGCAAAUGUUUUGUGCGUUUCUUCAGCAACUUUGGUUACGAUAAAAUGAUACGCUCCACGGGUCGGUAUUUCUGUGAUUUCCUGCAGUCCAUCGAUAAUAUCCAUUUGAUUAUGCGCUUCACCUAUCCGAAGAUGAAGUCACCCAGCAUGCAGCUGACCAGCAUGGAUGACAAUGGAGCGGUUAUAUUAUAUCGUAGUGGUCGCACCGGCAUGUCCAAGUACCUCAUCGGGCAGAUGACGGAGGUGGCCAGUGAGUUCUAUGGCCUGCAGAUCAAAGCCUAUGUGAUCGAGAGUCAGAAUGAUAUAUCCGGCGGCACUGCUGGACCCAUUAAAUUGACAGACGGUCCUCUAACGGUUAUAGUCAAAUAUCGGCUGGACUUUGAUAAUAGAGAAUAUAUGGCCAAGCGUGUGAAUACUGAAGCGCAUCCUUCGCAGUACAGGAUGCCGCAAGUAAACUUGAAUGUGUUCCUGGAUCUGUUUCCUUUCACGAUUGUCUUAAAUCAUGAUAUGAAGAUAACGCAUGCUGGCGAGAAAGUUGUUGAGACGUGGAUAAUGCACAAUCCCGGAGUCAAUCCCAAGUCCUUCAUUGGCACAUAUGUCAUGGAUCUGUUUCACUGCCGUCGCCCCAAGGAUACCACCAUUACCUGGGACACUUUGAUUCAGAUGCGAGCGGUGCUCUUCGAGUUCGAGCUCAUACGCACCGGGCAUAAUCGAGCCGCCUAUGAGGCUGUGCUCAACAUGGACCUUGAGAACUAUGAUGACAUGGUCCUGAACGAGGCCCAGACUACAGCGCUGCAGAAGACCAAGGAUUUAGCGGAGAAACUGGAAGAGGAGUCUGGUGACGAGCGGGAAAUCGAUCCGGCAACGGGCGAACGCCGAUCUUCGGAUGGUGUUCGCUCCAUUCUACUCAAGGGACAGAUGUUCUACAUUAAGGAUGUGGACUCUUUGAUCUUUCUGUGCAGUCCUCUGAUAGAGAAUCUUGAUGAGCUGCAUGGGAUUGGUUUGUAUCUAAAUGAUCUAAAUCCACAUGGCCUGAGCCGUGAACUGGUGAUGGCGGGCUGGCAGCAUUGUUCCAAGCUAGAGAUGUUGUUCGAGAAAGAGGAAGAGCGCUCUGAUGAGCUGGAAAAAUCUUUGGAAUUGGCGGACUUGUGGAAGCGUCAAGGCGAUGAGCUGUUGUACUCCAUGAUACCCCGUCCCAUUGCAGAACGCAUGCGAUUGGGACGUGAACACGUCUGCCAGAGCUUUGAGGAGGUUUCCGUCAUAUUCAUAGAAGUCAUGAAUAUCUACGACAGCGGCUCAAAUAACGUCCAAGAAGCCAUGCAGGCUGUUAAUACGCUCAACCAGGUGUUUUCAGCAAUAGAUGAGGAGAUCAUAUCACCAUUUGUCUAUAAGGUGGAAACUGUGGGCAUGGUCUAUAUGGCGGUAUCCGGAGCACCGGAUAUCAAUCCUCUACAUGCCGAGCACGCUUGUGACAUGGCGCUGCGCGUUAUGAAAAGGAUUAAGUCCCACAAUCUGCCAGAUGUGGCUAUUCGAGUAGGUAUCAACUCGGGUCCAGUCGUCGCUGGGGUAGUUGGCAUGAAGGUGCCGAGGUAUUGCCUGUUUGGAGAUACUGUGAAUACGGCCUCACGCAUGGAGAGCAGCGGCGAUCCGUGGAAGGUGCAGUUGUCCGGUUAUACGGCCGAAAAGGUGCAAACUGCGGGCUACAAGGUUGAGUCACGCGGUACAGUUAAAGUCAAGGGAAAGGGCGACAUGGAAACCUUUUGGCUUGUGGAAGGACCUGAGGAAUGAGAAUUGAGAUAAAUAUACUAAUUAAUGUACUCGUGUAAUCUAUUAUGAUAUAUACCAAUGCACACUUAGUUGACGUAAUAAAAUAUGCCCUCAUGUGGAGCACCCUGCACUUGA